AUGUUGACGUUACCAUGUCCACAGAAAGUAUUGAUUGUUUCUGUCAAUGAAUGUGCAAGCCAGGAUGACCUGAUUUCCAAUCCAUCACAAGAUCAGGAUAGCUAUUGCGAGCAUGAGCAACUGAAUCAUAAGGAAAGCAUUUCUACUCCACACUGUCCAGAGCAACUAGUGACUCCUACUGUCAAUGCACCAGCAAGUGGGGAUGACCGCAUUUCUGAUCCAUCUCCAGUUGAGAACGGCUAUUGCGAACGUGAGCAAUUGGACAGCUUAUCAGCUCCACACAGUCAAGAGCAAAUACUGACUCCCACUGUCUAUGAACCAGCAAGUGAGGUUGACCUGACUUCCCAUCCCCAACAACUUGAAGAUGGCUACUGCGAGCAGGAGCAGCUGAAUCCUGUGGAAAGCAUUGCUGCUCCACAUAGUCCAGAGCAACUACAGGACCCGACUGUCAAUAAACCAGCAAGUGAGGUUGACCUGAUUUCCGUUCUUUCACCAGCUGCAGAUGUCUUAGUGGAUACAAUGAAUGAAAUUCCAGAGAAUGAGAAUCCUGAGGGAAGCAUUGCUGCUCCACAGAGUCCGAAACAACCAGCGGCAACAAAACAAAAAAGGAAAUACAGUAUAAUCCCACCGAGUGCCUGCAGAUUGUGCCAAAAAGAAAUUAAGGGCCAAUGUCCUGCAUGUCAGAUGAAGGAAUUUAAGCGGUUAUUAAGAGAGGAAGAUAAGCAACUGCGGAGUGUCAUGAGGCACCAAGCAAAAUCAACAAGAUACAACUGUCAAUACAAAUGUUUAAAAAGAGACUCGCACAUAACUUUUUUUCCAAAAUUUUAAUUUGGCUAACGUUACCUAUUUUAUCGUGAAUUUUCCAGUAAAAAGUACAGCAAAACAACAAUAAAUAUAAAUAAACACAAGUGAAA